UGGCUCAGUUUGUUUACAGCCGCACAUCGCGACAGAACAGAGUACGAUUCGCUGGUUCGCGUCGCGGCGGGUUUUUUUUUUCACCUCGUUGUGAUUGUUUGAGUUUCAUAGCCAGUUUGUGUCGAUGGCUUAGCGGUUAUAUCCCGGGACUACUAUUUGCUGAGUAGUUCUGUGCCGUAGCUCUACACACGACAACCUGCUUGCUCACACAAUCAUCGUGACUGACGCAGAACUCGGAAGCCCGCAUGUUGCUGCAGCAGUGGGCUGCCUAAUAGAAGAACUUCGCAGUCGAAGUUGCUCUCAGCUGCCGAUUAGUCUUCGACGGGCAGCGGUUCGAUCAAGAACGGUUUUCGGAGGGUUUUGCAGUGUUUAAGCUUCUGGGCGCAAUUCGAAGCGGCUUAGAGACGAGUGAAGGUGGUGCGUGAGAUCCGAAUGUCGAAGUCGAAAACUCAGUGCCAUAUGCUGAAAAGUUUUAUGACACCUCGUAAAAAAAUCAACCGCUGCAAUUUCGUGGUGACGCAUGGUUAAUGCUGCCGGUGUUCUGUCGGAGGGAUGAUCAGUCGACGCUGAUGAUGCAGCGAAACAAGGACUGGCGAAGAUCUUGUGAAACCUAAACUGCAUUUUAUGUCGGUUGGAUGGAAGCGCUAUAAAAGUAGUCGAAGGUAGUAAAGCGCAAAGAUCUGCCUAUGCGGGUACUUGCGUUGGUGGCAGGCGGGGUAGUGUUAAAAGUGAAUAGUGAAUGAAAAAAAAACAAGUUCUGCAUACCGAAGAACGGUGCAAUUUCGGUUUGACCUAGAUGUCGUGAAGUUUACGGUAAUUGAUCAGCAAAACGCAUGAAACGUCGGUUUCAGUGAACGCUUUUAGAAGAAAUUAAUACAGAAAUAAGAAGCAGUCCUCACAGUUGUCAGUGGCAAGCUGCAGUUUCGAUCGAGAAAAAAGCCAGUCGCUUCUUCCCCCCUCAACAAAACAACAACAUUGUGUGGUUGUGUGAUGAUAGAAAUGAGGUAAAGUGUGACCGGCAGUCCCAGAAAGGAGUUAUUUUAAACUACUUCAGAAGGAGCGGAGAGUGUGUUUUGCUGUGGCUGCUAAAAAUAAAGUGUUUUAUGUAAAACAAAAAUAUUGGUGCCAUCAACAACAAAGGUGGGUCUGGUAGUGACGCUUCGGAGGGAAGAAAUCAGUUAAAUGAAGAAAUGGAGUGAAAAGCGAAAAUAAACCAAGCAAUUUCGACACGUGAAUUUCCACGAAUCAAGCUGAACUGUAAAGCUAGCGCGGUUUAAAGUCAGCAAACAAAAUUGGCCACAACUGCUGGUGACAAUCAUAACUAACGAGAGCGUCCAAAGUGCUGUUUGGCCAUCACCUUGACGAACUCUGCCGCGUCGUCGUUGCAGAUCACGUUCAUGACCCCAGCCGGAAUCCAUUCUGCUUGCUUGACGAUGGUAUGAGGCGGAGAGAGAGAGAGCAUAAAAAACCAAACCAGAUCUAUGAGCCAAGAUUGGUGAGUUGAGGCGAAGACUCCUGUGUGCGAGAGCAAGUCAAGGACCGCUGCCUGCGCACCAAACUAGUUGUUGGUUUGGAGGGAGACCCAACUCCUUCCUGUCAAUAACCGGGUUAUGACGAAGCUCGCCCUGCUGCAUGUGCUGGGCACACUGCUAGGACCACUGCUGCUCUGCACGCUGCUACUAACGACGCUAGACACAUGCGUGGGACAGCGCGAAUCGCAACUGCGCUUAGGCAAGGCAAUCAACAUCUUCAUCCGCUAUGGCUAUCUGUCGAUUUCGAUGAAGGUGAUUUCGUACAACGACAGUGAGACUUGGUUGUUCAAGGAGCCGACGAAAAAUAUAUUCAAGGGUCUAGACCAGUUGAAGACCGAUGAGUACGAGGUGAAGCCGGGAGUUUUCAACGGAGACUUUCACAUGGAGUUCUGCGACAACAAGCGACAACUAUUUCAGGCAUAUUUCCGAGACUUUCAGAUCGAACGGCUGGACAACCCAUGGCGUGCGUACACCGAAGGCUGGCACACGGAGAUAGCGGCCAAAAAGCUAGGCAUCCAAAGCAAGUACCUCGAGCGGGACGAUUACUGCUACGUGCUGGUACGAGUGUCCCGGUUUCGAGAUAGUGCCAAAUUCUCCAAGCCCAUUCCACCGAACCAAAUGCUGGACAAUGACGUCCAACGAAAAGUACAAAGUGUAUCGAUCGGAGACACAACGUCGGCGGUUCAGUUCAUGAACAAGUACGGAACGCACUACAUCAAUUCGUACAUGACAGGGAACUCCCUCUACCAAGUGUUUGUGUUCAAUAAACGAAACUACGCGCACAUCAAAGAAAAGCUGAAAUCACGGGGAGUGUUGGCACUGUCUAAGGUGGAUCUGUACGAUCACUUUGCUCCGUGGUACGUUGAGCACAUGGGUAAGAUCCGAUGCGCCAGCGGGAACACUACUGUUGAAGCCUGGGCAUCCCGGAAGCUACGACUGUCAUACUACGUGUUCACCUACAGCAGCCUACUGAAGCUGCAUGGCGACGGAGCCCUGCUUCGGAUACUGAGUGAGCUACUGCAGAAUGAAGCCAUCCUGCAGCUGGAUUUGAAAUCGCUCAGUGUGAUAUUCAAAGAACCGGCCAAACGAGCCUGGUUCGAAGAGAUACUAGAUAACUAUCUGAAACUAUGGGAAGUCAAUAUGUAACCAGAGGGGACGCAGCAAGUUCCUUGAAUCCUAGCUGCAGUUAAGUGGAAACAGUCAUUCAUUUACAAUUCAGCGUGAAACAACACUGACUAGAAUAAGUCUAAUUUUUGUGUGAAAGAUCAAAGUGCGAAGGUGCAGAGUGAUUUUGACGGUUAAGUUAGUCGAAUUAAGUGCUGAAAUCACCAGUCCAACAAAGUGAAGCAUGUAGUAAAUACAAAGCAAACAUCAUAAACGGAAGCAAUAUAUGGAGUACAAACUAGAAUUAUCGCUUGAGAUCAUAAUCCUCAAGUCAAGACGCCCUUCCUUGAGCGUAAUCCGGUAGUUCGCUACACACUCAAUCUCCGACCAAAUAAACCGUAAUCUAAACCAGAAGAAGACGCUCCGUUGUGGAAUUGUGUAGUGCAAUGUUUAUCAACCGAAUGCCACUUGGUCGUGCAUCAGCGCAUGCGCGACAGCUCGUGUUGUUGCCAGUGACAAGCUGCUGCUGGCUGGCUAAAGCUAAACCAACGCAGUCAAUGGUCAGGGGGAAUGUAAAUAACAGCACGAUCAUCUGAGAAUUACAAGUGCACAAGUGCUUCCUUUUACCACCCUCUUAAAAUGCGAUUGUUCGAAAGACACGUCUCGUAAGAUGAUAUCGGGGUAAGAAGAUGGGUAAACUGCUGGACACGUGCUCUCUCGAUUAUUCCUCAAAGUCGCACAUUCACGUUAAGUGUAGACGUUUGGCUGAAUGCCAUUCUAAAGGAAGCGAUCGAACGAUUCUGAUUGACUACCGCCUUCUGUUGGUAAAUAGAAAAUCCUAAGCUUUGUCGAAACAAUAGUUUUGACAGGAAUGAGUCUUCCUUUGUGUAAAUGUUCGAAUGAUGAUGUGACACAUUUCAAAGGUCUGACACAGCGAAGCCAGCCUAAUUUGUAUUGUUUAUGACUCAGGACCCGUACUGAGAAUAUGGGAUGAAACGGAGGAUAAGAUCAGGUGAAGGUAUUAAUAUUGUAAAAAUCCAGAAAAAAACGUUCGGCGGUGAUUAUGCUGUCGAUAGGUGAAUCACAGGUUUUAAGAAGCCAACCCUAAUUUAAAAUCAACUAGUUUUGAACACGGAUUAUGGUGAGAUUGAGCAUUUUAUUUUUUCUGCCUUAUUUUUGCGUGUUCUGUAACAUAAUUACCCAAACAAUGAAGAUUUUGUCUCCGUACGAUUUUGGCAAAUUACACAAAAUAGAUCGAUAACUUGUUUGAUCUGAAGUGUCUCCAAAAAUUUCGAUUUUUUUGUGGAAAAAGUAUAAACAUUUUGAUAAGUAUCAGACAUCAGACUACAUAUGAAUUUGCUGUAAAACAGUCUCAGCUCUGGAAAAAUUGAAGUAGAUGAACCCGAUUCAGUGCAUCCAAUAUGACGCAAACCAAACAUGCUAGAUGUAGCAGAGCAUUGUCACUAAGAAAAAUCAUUUUAAAUUGAGCAUUUUAGAAAAUAACGCCAAAGACUGUUUCAAUAGUUUGAAAAUUUUGUUGAUGCUCAAGCUACUUCGUGUAAAUGGUGUUUGAAUUUAGUUUUUCUUUCACCAAAAAACUGCUCCAAAAACUAAAAUAAAUCCCACAUGCAGAACGCUAAAACAACACUACUCCGUACUUUUAGUGACAGUAAAUUAAGAACAAACAGAGAUUGUCAAACCUGAAGCGUAUGUUUGCAUGUAUUCCCAAGUAUUGGAACAUUAAUAAAAAAUUACGAUAGGGUAGAUAGGCACUGCACGGCCCAAACAAGGAGCAACUAACAUGAAACUACUUCACAGCUGUGAUAGAUUAGAUAGUAAUUAUAAGCGAAUAAGCUCCCUUGGGCGAUCAUUUGUUUCGUUAGUGAUGACGGCAUUGAGCCAGGAAUUCGCCGAUACCGAUUUCAAGACGACCCACCUUGAUUGAUUCUAAUUAGCAUAUGUCUGCACUAUGCCAGCAUAACAAAAUCAAGUGUUAUUUGUUUUCCUAUAGUCUGAUUGAAGAUGAGCAUUUAUCGGGUGAAUCAGACGGGGGGAGAAAAAAAAAACAACAAUCAAAAGAUACAGAAAAUUGGGUGUAUCUAACGUGAGUUUGCAAGCAGUUGCUCAGCGGAAUGCUCGUGUAAAAAGUGUAAGUUCGAAUAGAAGAAAAAAUAAAUACAUAACUGCAAA